UCAAUCAUGAUCCAACUGAUGGAGCCGGUUUGUUAUCAUCAUCAUCUUGGAAAAGUAGGGUUAUACAGCAUGUUUAUCAAUUGAAUGUUGUUUGUUGAUUGUUGAUUGUUGACAUCAGUUGACAAUUGUCAUUAGACUCUCUGGACUUACUGAACUACAUUUGAUAAAUCAACAGCAUCAACAGUCAGUUCUUCCUGGUUCUUCCUUCAAUUACUCCAAAAAGUUUUUGACAGUUUUAGAAACAUUAUUAGUCAUCUUUGUUUAUUUUUUUUAAAUAUAUUUAUGAGUGAAAUAAAAUAUUUACAAUGCCAACAAUAGAUCAUCAAAGUAAUGAACGAAUGUGUCAAGUCAAAAUAAAUUAUAUUAAUUAUUAAUUAUCGAAAAGAAAAAAACAAAAAUGAGCUUACUAAUUUCUACUGGUAAUGGAGCAUUAAUUUGUCAUUUAAAUUACAUAAAUAAAAUAUACAAUUCAGUUGAAAAUAAUAACAAUGAAAAAUUAAAACUACAAUUUAAUGAUAAAUUAUUUAAAUUAACAUCAAAAUAUUUACGUGAUAAUCAGGUGAAAAAUAACAUUGAAGAUAAAUGUAUUAAAAAAUGUAGAAAAAGAAAAAAAGCUGAUGUAUCAAUUUCACCAACUGAUCAUAAAAAAAUUCAAUUUAUUCAUGAAAAUUUUGAUAAAAUUAUAACAGUAGAUGUUAAAAAAAAUUUUUUUAAUUGUUUUAAUGUUAAUGAUAAUAAUAUUGAAGCAAGAGCUGCAUCUGAUAAUUUUUAUUGCAACACAUUCAAUGAACAGACAGAAUUUUAUGGAUCAAAUCCAACAAAUUUUUCGGUUAUUAAAAAAAUUAAUGAUGUUGAUUAUGUAUUUCCAAAUGAUUGUAAAUUUUAUUGUUAUGAUGUAAGAUUAAUAUCGAAAAAGAUUGAUUUAAUAAAUCAAUAUGAUUUUGUAUUGAUGGAUCCACCUUGGUGGAAUAAAUUUAUUCGAAGAAAAAAAGAAACUAAAGCUAGCUAUGAAAUGAUGUACAAUGAUGAACUUGUUGAUAUACCAAUAGCUAAAUUAUUGACAAAGACUGGUAUCGUUGGAAUUUGGUGUACUAAUGCUAAAAGUCACUUGAAUCAUAUCGUUGAUGUUAUGCUACCUGCUUGGGGAAUGAAAGUUGUUGCUACAUGGUACUGGGUUAAAGUGACACAGUUGGGUGAUCCAAUUUGUGAUUUUAAUUAUAAAAUGGGUAAACAACCUUAUGAGCUGUUAAUAUUUGGAGCAAGAGUUGAAAAUAAUGAUGUUAAAAUUCCUGAUCAAUGGUUGUUGGUCAGUGUUCCAAGCUCUGUUCAUUCUCAUAAGCCACCUUUAACAGAAAUUAUGGAACCAUAUCUACCAAAAAAUCCAAAUUGUUUAGAAAUUUUUGCGAGAUAUUUACUUCCACGAUGGACUAGCUGGGGCUUGGAAGUAUUAAAAUUUCAAAAUAUGAUGUUAUACAAUUCAAUUAAAAAUAAAGAAGAUACAUCGUUAUUGAUUAAUCACAAUGCUAAUUAA